AUGCCAGUCAACAAAAGGCUCAGACUGGCCGUCGAGGCUCGCAACAAGAUGUUGAAGGCAUGGGUUGCGGAGACGGAGGCCGGCAAGGAGUUCAUGAGGCGCAAGCUUCAGCGCGAGACGGAAUCAAUCACCCGCACCUGCGCAAGAGUUCACACUUUUGAGGAGAUGCAGGGAAUGGGAUCCAAUCCGACUUGCGAGAGCAAUCUGCCCAAGGAGUCUAGGGUCGCGCUGCUGUCCACAGAGGGCAACAAGAGCGCUCGAGAUGUCCGAGCCGCGAAGACCCAAGUCAACUAUGUGGAGCAGAGCGUGGACUACGAAGACGAGGAAUAUGGCGCAGAUGACGAAGGAGAUGAAGAGGAAAGCGUCACCUUCUCGUCGUCCAACGACAGUGGCAAGGAUACCGACGACGGAAGAGAGCUCUCCCCCUUGGAAGAAGGUGACUUUCGCACGACCGAGGAGCUCGAGGACUUCAAAGAUAACCUCGCAGACCAGAAGGGCUAUGCCCUUUUGGCCCGCGAGCAGAAUUCUGACGAAAACGAAGUCCUCUGGAUGGAGGUGUUGGAUGAUGACGACGAGAACUCCGGAAAGAGUUAUCAAUGCAGCGACUCUUCUCGUACUGAUGUCGAUUCUGGAGGAAGCAUCAACGGAGGAGAAUUGGCCGAGGAGCUACUGGACGUGACCAAUUCGGAGAUGAUGUUUGCGGAGAUGGACAGUCGAUUCAGUUUGAAGAAGCGCCAGCGGUCCGCCGAGAGGGCAUACGACAACAAGGAGAAGCUUGCCAAGAAGAGAAGAAUGGCGGAGGAGGCGGAGGCAGCGGAGGCGGCCGCCGUUGAGGGCGACGAGACUUGA